GUCAAAUUCUGACAAAAUGACGAAGGGUACGUCGAGCUUUGGUAAACGCCGCAACAAGACACACACGCUGUGCAGACGAUGUGGUAGAUCUUCUUACCACAUUCAGAAGUCCAAAUGUGCACAGUGCGGAUACCCUGCAGCAAAGCUGCGUUCUUAUCAUUGGUCAGUGAAGGCUAAGCGCAGGAAGACCACGGGCACCGGGCGCAUGCGCCACCUUAAGAUCGUCAGGAGGCGCUUCCGUAACGGCUUCAAGGAGGGCAAGCCCACACCUAAGAAAGCUGUAGCCUCUUCGUAGAUUUACUGCUAAGCUUCAAUAAAAGUUAAAAAU